AAGAGACUUUACAACUCCUUCCCAUCUCUCUCUCUCACCGCGCUCCAGCUGUUGCAGGCUUUCUAGAGAGAGAAACCCUCCUUCGCCACUUCUUCAAAUUCUCCAUUUUCCCGAUCGACCGUCGCUCGCUGAUUGCCUCACGAGGAUUUCAGAGAUGGCCAACGCUGCAUCUGGUAUGGCUGUUCAUGAUGACUGUAAGUUAAGGUUCUUGGAAUUGAAGGCCAAGAGAACCUAUCGCUUCAUAGUGUUCAAGAUAGAGGAGAAGCAAAAGCAAGUUGUUGUGGAGAAGGUUGGAGAGCCAACUCAAAGCUACGAAGAUUUUACUGCUAGUCUUCCUGCUGACGAGUGUCGAUAUGCUGUCUAUGACUUUGAUUUUGUCACCGAGGAGAACUGCCAGAAAAGCAGAAUAAUCUUCAUUGCAUGGUCUCCUGAUACGUCGAGGGUCAGAAGCAAGAUGAUUUACGCAAGCUCCAAAGAUAGAUUCAAGAGAGAGCUUGAUGGAAUUCAGGUGGAAUUACAAGCAACUGAUCCAACUGAGAUGGGUCUUGAUGUUAUUAGAAGCCGUGCUACCUGAAUUUGCAUUGCAGCCAUGCAACUGGAGAUUCCUCAAUUCAGUUUCCCUAUUUUUGAGUGAAAUGUCUAUAGCUUGGGGAUGGUGAACUUGGCUAGGCACGGUAUAGACUUUCCUGGUCUUACCAUUCAUUAUCUUAUUCAUCUUGGAUAUUUGUGGUUUCAGGUAUGGCAUGUUUUUGAUUGUUCGUAAUGCAAACUGUGAGUGCGUACUUGUAGUUUUGUCAUUUUACAUUUACGAGCUACUAUGUACCUGUUUGUGGAGAUAGCUGAUUACCAACUUCUUACUUUUUCUCAGUCUUGUCUCUCUGGAUUUGCUGAAACCCGAACAUCUUCUGAACUUAUCUGCCGAUUUAAUGAUUCUGUACUAAACAAUCUUUGAGUGGAUAAGGUAAUAUUUUCUAUGUGAA